AUGACGGGAUACCCCAAACCUGACGAGCCUGACCCGAAAUACCCCCAGCCCCGAACCAGGAUCUGCGACGGCUCGUCGAGCUUCAGCCUGGAGGCCAAGCGCCUCCAUGCUUUCGAGGAGGUGCGAGAGGCCCUGAGGCGGCGACUGGGCGAAGGCAGCAAGGACGAGCAGCACUCGACCCAACCAUUCUUGGCGGAUGCGCUGCGCGAAGCCCUCCGCCAGGGCUGUCAGGCCGGCGACGCGGAGGACGAUUGCAUCGGCCGUGCUUUGGGCUUCCAAAGCCGACUCUCGGAGCGGCUCCCGCAGAGAUGGGGGCUCUGGUCAUCGCUUGUGCUCAGUCACCAAGCCGUUCUGUGGGAGGCAAGCCCGAGCCUUGCGAGGGUGCAGAAAGCCCUGGCCUUCUCAAGGACCGCCGGCGCACCAGAUCUGGAGCUGCGUAACGCUUCGAUGUCGGAGGAAAAGCUCGGCACCUCGGAUGCAUUUCAGGGACGUCACUUCGCUGUGGCGCGGCAUCUCGACGAGGCCCUGGAGACCGACCUGAACCUGGUGGAGGCUGCAGAAGCGGCUCAGCACGUGGAAGGUGACGGCGGGUGGCUCUUGGUUGCAACGAAUCUUCGACGCGCCCGGCGGCGGCUUGGGGCGCAUCCCGCCCCUGUGGACCCGCAGGGACCCGGAAGCUUCGACGAGUCUGCUCCGGAGGCUUCCACGGAGGUCGCCAAGCACAACCUCGUCGAGGCCCUUCGCCUGGGUGCUCAACCGCUGGUCCGCGCGGCCUUGAAACACGGCAGCAGCAUCCUGGAUCCCCAGUUGGUGGAGGAAGGAGAGCAGUUCCUGAAGCAGAAGGAGUUGCUAGCGCAACUGCAGCGCUGCAGCCAGCGCGGGGAUGCGUGGCGUCUCGAGGCGGCGUUGUCCCAGGCAGCCUCCUUGGGCCUAGAGUCGGAACACCCGGCUGUCGAGCACUUCCAAGGGAAGCUCCAUGGUCUCCGAGCCAAAGAGCAGGAGACCCAGGAGAAGCUCAGCGCCAUCAAGCUGCAGACGAUUUCUUUCGAUGCCCUGAAGUGCCAGAAGGACGGGAAGUGGGCCACCAUGACCGGCUGCACGCAGAUCUCCCGGGAAGGACGCCAGGUGAUCCGUGAGGUCGCCCGGUGUCUCAAGGAGUACCCAGGUUUGGCCAUUCGCGUUGAAGGCCACAGCAACGAUCGGAAUCCGCAGAGGGCCAAAGUCGUGUCGCAGGCACGUGCAGAUGCCGUGAAGGCGGCGCUGCAGGAGGCUGGCUGCACAAACUGGAUGGUGUCGCAUGGCUGGGGUCUGGCCCAUUCCCUCCGGAAGAAGAUGGUUCGCAUCCUCCCGUCCGUUGACAUGGAGCGGCUCCCCACUGAGUCGGCCUUGACAAACAGUUAA